GCUAAAUGAUAACUUUUGCAUUGUUUGUUAUAAUGAGCCAAGCUGAGUAUGUAAAACAAAUUCUUCAUGAUCUAUCUGACCUGAGUGACUUUACAUUUACACCAUAAACAUAUGCAUGCUCAGUUCUAAAUUAUGACAUGGUGCUAUUAGAUAAAUAAAAUCCUUCACUAUUUCUUAAUACAUCAAUAGAAAAAGCACACUUUUUUAUACAUCUUUAUAUAGACUAUAUGUUUUUAGGAUAAUGGAAAGGAGAAACAAUCUAAAUUUUACUCAACAACUCUGUUAUUGAUGAAUAUACAUACAUAUAGACUAAUGAAUCUGAUUAAGGAUUUAUUUGUAGCGAGUAAAUUUUGAUUUUAUUCUUUUUAGAACUUCACCCUAAAAAUUUAUGACUAGGGAAAUAAAAUUUUAUCAUAUUAAUUAGUAUUUGGAAUUGAAAUUUGAGAUAACAGGAGAAAGUUCUAAGUUAAAUUAGGAAUUUCCUCAUAAACUAGGAAUAAGAAAUAUAUAAAUUAAUGCUAAAGAAUGUCAUCCUUUAUGUACUAGUUGUAGUGGUCCAACAGAAAAUGAUUGUAGAAUAUGUCCUUAAUUUGCAAAGAAAGGUAAAAUAUCAAAUUCAUGUAAAUGUCCUUCUACAAUUCCAUUUGUAUAUGCUGAUACUUGUAUUGCUUAUUGUCCAAAAUUUACUUUUCUAGAUUAAUAUUAGGUUUGUUUUGGAAGCUCUUUGAUAAAAAAUGUUGAAACUUCACUUUUAAAUUCUUUUGAUCAUGGAUAAAAUAAUAAAUCUUCAUUAUGGUCAUUCCUUUAAACAAGAACUACUAAGAGUCAAUUCUUAUUUAGACAUAAAGACAGUUAUUUAAUUGGAAUGUUCGAAAAGAAAUAGACACUCACAAUUAAUUAAAAUAAUAUAAUUGGACAUCAUAGAAUAAGAGUCAGGUUUAAUUUAUUUUUAUUUUACUCUUGGGCUGUCAAUGAAUAUAUUAUAACAAUUAUUGAUUAGGUGAUUUAAAAACCAUUAUUGUAUAGCAAGAAUGGAUUUAUUAAUUAUGCAAAUAAAAAUUCAUGUACAAAUUCAGAGAUUAAUGAAUGUUAAGUUUUCCUUGUUGAUUAUUAUUUGAACCAUACAAGUGAAAAUUUAAAAAUCUAAAUUUAUAGUGAUACAUAUAAAUAGAGUACUUCAAGAUGGGGUAUUUCAGAUUUCAUUGUAGAUGUAUUAAAAUGUACACAGAAUUGUGAAAAAUGUUUAAAUGAUUAAGAAUGUUUAAAAUGUGAAACAGGGUUUUAUUAAUUAAAGUAACAAUGUGUUGUUAAUUGUCCAUUAUCAUACACUAUUUAAAACGAUAAUAAAUGUUUAGAAAUGGAUGAUGAAAUAUAAUGUAUUAUAAUGAUAUAUUAUAGAAUCCGAAUAUUUAUUGAAAGAAUUAAUUUAAAUAAAGUUGCAUGGAACAAUGCCAAAUAUAACUAGUUAUUUCAAUGGAUAUCGUCAUUUAGGAGGACUUUAAGUUACAAAUACUAGAUUUUUUUAGAAAUUUGAAUAUCUGAAACCUCAUUAUUAAAUAAGAGCAGCAUUCAAAAUUGAUUUAUUAAAUAUUAAGUAGUCAAAUGGGUAUGUAGUUGUAAAUUUAGGAAAUUAUUCAUAAGAAGUUGUAACAGAUCCAAUUAAAUUAUAUCAAACAAAAACAUUAGAUUUUAAUUUUGCUCAUUCUUCAAAAUAUUUGAAAUUAAGUAUUUUUUCAUCAAGUUCAUCAAAAUUUUUUAAAUCAGGAAUUUCUAAUAUGAGAAUAGUAAUUGAUUAUUGUUAUCCUACUUGUACUGCUUGUACAGGACCAACUAUAGAAGAAUGUUUAUAAUGGUCAUAUGAUCCUAAUUAUGAUAGAUAAUCAAAUUCUUGUUUAUAAUAAACAUUCUUUUUAAAUGAUUCUUGUACUACUUGUGAUUAAUAAUGUUAUGAAUGUAAUAAAUUAAACUAUUGUAUGGUUUGUUAACCAGAAUAUACUUAAUCUGGAUAAUCAUGUUAUUGUAGUAAAGGUUAUUAUAGUGAUGAAAAUAAAGGAUGUUAAAAGUGCUAUGAUAAAUGUUCUGGAUGUUUAGGACCUUUAUUAGAAGAUUGUUUUGAUUUAUCAUAAAAAGAAAUUAUUUGUGAUGUUACAACAGGGUAUUAAUUAGGAUAAGAAUGUAAUGACGGUAAUUAAAAUAUAAGAGAUGGAUGUUCUAAUUGUAUUGUUGAUAUUGGUUGGUCUUGUAAAAAUGAAAUUGGAUAAAAUUCACAUUGUAUUAAAUGUCCUGCUAAUUGCUUAAAUUGUAUAGAAAAUCAAAAUUAAUUAUUAUAAUGUUUAUAGUGUUAAUAAGGUUAUUUUUUUUAUUAAAAUGCAUGUUUUUAAUGUAAAUUAGAGUGUCUAGAAUGCAAUUAUAUUGAUUAAUGCAUUAAAUGUAAAAUUUAAACUAUAUCUCCAUUAAAUGGAAAAUGUUUAACUUGUGAAAAUCAAUUAGGAUAUUAUGAAGUAAAUGGAUAAUGUUAAUCAAAAUGUGGCGAUUAUAUUUAAACAAAAGAGGAACUAUGUGAUGAUGGUAAUUUAAUUGAUGGAGAUGGAUGUUCUUCUAAAUGUACUAUUGAAACAGGUUUUUAAUGUUCUAAAGGAAUUUGUUCUAUUGUUAAUAUAGAUAAUAAAAUGGAAUUAAAAUAUUCAAAUAAAACUACUACUAAUACACUCAAAUUAGAUUUUGGUGAAUAUCCUGCUAAAUGUGAUGAAAAGUAUUUAAAAGUAUAUUUAGAAAAUUUCGAAGCAAAAGAUUUUAAAGUUUUUUUAGAUUUAAUGGAAGAUGAUUCUAUGAAAUACUGUUAAAUAUCUUUUAAAUUUUAUAAAAAUGUUAGGAAUUAUGAUGUUAUACAUGUUUUAUUUUAUAAAAAUAAACAAAGACUAUUAUCCUUAGAUUUUGAAGAAAUGAUAAUUUAAGCAAGAAGUGAAACAUUUUACUCAGAUGAAGAAUAAGAAUAAGCAUAAUAAAUUUAAUAAUUAUAAAGCAAUUUUGUUUCAGCUCUUUAUUUUUUAGGACCAGGAACUAUUUUAUUAGGAGGAUUUAAUUUUUUUUUUAGUAUAUUAGACAUAUUAGCUUGGCUUAAUAAUUUUUAUUAUUUUAAUGUUAUGUAUCCAGCAAAUGUUAAUAUAAUAUUUUUAAAUCCAGCAUGGGAAUUAAUUAAUCCUUUUGAUUUUUCUCCAAUUGUUAGAAGUGAAUCAGAUUUAGAUUAUAUUGAAAGUCCAUUUAGAUUUGAAUAAAAAGGAGUUGAUCCUUAUUUUCUUAAUAAUAUGAUGAUGUGUUUUUUAACUUGGAUUCUAUGUGCUAGUCUAUAUCCUAUUUGUAAAUCUUUUGUUUUUAUUACUGAAAAAAUUUAUCAAAGAAGUCCUAAAUAAAAAAUAAGGACUGUUCAAAUUAAAUAAAUGCCUAUUUUUUAAUUAGAUUAAAAUUUAGAAUGCUAAUAACCAGAAAUUGAAAUAAAAUUAGAAAAACCAAAACAGUUUCCAUCAGUAAUUUAAUAUUUAUAUGAUAAUGCAUAUGAGUAUUAAAUCAGUUUUAGAGCCAUAAUAAUUAAAUAGUUAAAUUUAGUUUAUUUAGAUUUAUGUAUGGCAAGUAUUCUAUAAUUACAAUUUAUGGACAAAAAGGAUUAACCACUUAUUUUUUCCUAAAUAUUAUUGUCAUUUAUUGGAUUAUUUAUUUGUAUUUCUAUAUUCCUUAUUGCUAUAAAUGUUUCUCAGAAAUCAAGUUUAUUAUUAAAAACAAAAUCAUAUCAAUUUGAUUAUGGAACAUUAUAUGAGGGAAUUGAUGUUAAAUCUUAAAUAUCUAAAAUGUACUUUAGUAUAAGUUUUGCAAGAAAAAUGCUUUUUAUUAUAUUUUUAGUUGGUUUGUAUAAUUAUCCACUUUUUUAAACAUCAUUUUGUUGUGCUGCUAGUUUUUUGAAUUUAAUGUUAUUAAUAUAUAAAAAUCCUUUUGAGAGUAAAGUUGAAUAUAUUUAAAAUGCAGUUCCAGAUGCCACUAUUUUUUUUGUAUUAGUACUUUGUUGUGUUUUAGCAUUUGAUGAUAAAGAAUAAAAAUACUCUUCAACAACAAGAACCAACAUUGGUUGGGCUAUGCUUAGUUUUAUAGGUCUAUCAGUUUUAACUUAAUUAUGUUUGAUUCUAAGAUAAUUUGCUAUAGAUAUUAAAGAAAAUUAUUAAUGGAUCAAAAACAAAUUGUGUCCAUCUUGA